AGCCAUAUUAGAGAUGUCCUUGUUCUUAAUGUCUUCAAAGGAGAUUGGUUUUCGGUGUUAAAGCAUUGUCAUGUAACACAGAAGAUUGAGAUUUGGGUGACCAAGAACAAGGUCAACGUUGAGAAUGGUGAUGGUUUGAUCCCCUACUUUAUGCAGCCGAGUUCCUUCAUUGACAACAAUGAAAGGCUUGUCAUCUGUUCUUGCGAUAAAACUGGCAAACCUUGGAUCUAUGUUAUGGGGGACAAUAAGUUGAUCAGUAAAGUCCAGUUAGAUUCUGUGGAUCCUUGGCCUUUGCAUUGCACUUAUCUUCCCAGCUUGGUCCCAGUACCUCGAGGCCAAAGAGAUGAAGAAGAAUCACAAGUUUAG